UGAACUGAACAGUCAGUGAAGCAGCCUCUCGUGUAGGAAGCGCUGCGCGGCUGUGAUGGUUCAUCCGUUGCAUGCCCUCCAUGAGCUGCUGCUGCAAGCGAGGUCUCCACAUGCGGCCCUAGGACUGGUCUUUGUCCUGCUCGUCUGCCCUCUUCUUGUCCUCCUGGUCGUGCGCCGCCUCGCGACGCCGUCGACGAGAGCCAGAGAAGAGCUGCUGAGCAGGCUGCCUUCUCCCAGCAAGAGGCUCCCCGUCAUCGGCCACCUGCACCUCGUUGGCUCCCUCCCGCACAUCUCCCUCCGAGACCUCGCUGCAAAGCAUGGCCGCGACGGUCUCAUGCUCCUCCGCCUCGGCGCCGUCCCGACGCUCGUGGUGUCCUCGCCGAGCGCCGCAGAGGCGGUGUUGCGCACGCAUGACCACGUCUUCGCGUCCCGCCCCUACUCCCCGGUCACUGAAAUCCUCUUCUACGGCCCCUCGGACGUCGCCUUCUCCCCCUACGGCGAGCACUGGCGGCAGGUCAAGAAGAUCGCCACCACGCACCUUCUCACCAACAAGAAGGUCCGCUCCUACCGCCAUGCCCGCGAGCACGAGGUGAGAUUGGUUGUGGCCAAGAUCCGCGAUGGGGCCUCCAAAUGUACCGCCAUCGACAUGAGUGACCUUCUCAACGCCUUCACCAAUGACAUUGUGUGUCAUGCUGUGUCAGGAAAGCUUUUUAGGGAACAAGGUCAUAACAAACUCUUCCGAGAGCUCGUCGAGGCCAACUCAUUUCUCCUGGGUGGAUUCAACCUAGAGGACUACUUCCCGAUGUUGGUGAAGCUGGACAUCAUCAAGAGGAUGGUUUGCGCGAAGGCCCAGCAGGUGAACAAGAUGUGGGACAACCUGCUCAAUAACAUCAUCAAUGAGCAUGCAAGCAGGUCGGCGGCAGAACACAACAGCGAGGACAACGACUUCACCGAUGUGUUGCUUUCUAUCCAACAAGAGUACAAACUCACGAGAGAUCAUAUUAAGGCUCAGUUAGAGAUCAUGUUCGAAGCUGGCACUGAUACAACAUUCAUAGUGUUAGAAUAUGCAAUGGUCCAGCUCAUGCAAAACCCCCACCUCAUGAAAAAGCUACAAGCUGAGGUGAGGAGCACUAUACCCAAGGGCAAAGAAAUGGUUACUGAAGAUGAUCUCAAUAGUUUGGCCUACCUAAAGGCGGUCAUCAAAGAGACACUCCGGCUCCAUAUGCCUGGGCCGCUCCUCGUACCCCACCUCUCCAUGGCUGACUGCAACAUAAAGGGCUACAUGAUACCAUUAGGAAUACGUGUCAUCGUUAACAGUUGGGCUCUUUCAAGGGAUCCUAGCAGUUGGGAGCACGCGGAUGAGUUCAUGCCUGAGCGAUUUAUGGAAUGCGGUAGCGCCGCGGCUAUGGACUAUAAGGGAAAUGAUUUCCUCUACUUGCCAUUUGGUACCGGGCGAAGGAUUUGCCCAGGUAUCAACUUUGCGAUUGCGACCAUUGAAAUCAUGCUAGCGAAUCUAAUGUACCACUUCAACUGGAAGCUACCAGUGGAGUUGAUGGAAGGUGGUAUCGAUAUGACUGAAGUAUUUGGGAUGACAGUGCACCGGAAGGAGAAGCUCCUCCUUGUUCCCGUAGUGCCACACGAUUAAUACAUUGGUCCAUUGUAUUGUGUGUACGCAGCAGAUUGAGUACCUACCUUAAUAGUAUCAUGAAUGUGGCUUUUUGGAAUUCUUGUUAAGCACAAGUGUAAUCAGUAAUUAAAGAACACACUGAAUUAAAUUGAUUAUCAUAUUUCUAA